AUGGAUAAAUUAAAGAACCUUCUAUUUGUUAAAAAUGGAAAUUUUUCAAGUGCUCAAAUAAAAAUAUUAGCAUUUACAUCAAUAAGUAUGCUAAUAUUAAUGGUUACAGGAGAUGGAUUACAAACACCAUUAGGAUAUAUUAAGAAUGUUAAAAGAGAAAUGAAAAGGGAAGAAGAAGAAAAAGAAUCAUUAGAGAAGAAAUUAUUAAGAGAAUUAGGAGUUACAACAUAUCAAGAAUGGAAGAAAGCAGGAAUUAUACCUUCAGAUGAUAAAGAGAAUUAG